AUGGGUGACGCAGAGAUCAAGGCAUCCUCAUGGAGACUGGUGGAGGUCGGUCGCGUCUGUCUCAUCCACGGCGGACCAUCCGACGGAAAGCUUGCAACAAUUGUUGAGAUCAUCGACCACAAGCGAGCACUCGUUGACGGCCCAGCAACCGACACCAAGAUCGCAGUUCCCCGUCAAUCAAUCGCUCUCGCACAACUUAUCCUCACACCACUGGUUCUCGAGAAACUACCUCGAGCUGCCCGAACUGGCGUUGUUGCGGCUGCAUGGAAGAAGGCUGAUAUCGAGGCAAAGUGGCAGGAGAGUGCUUGGGCGAAGAAGCGCACACAAAAGGAGCGGAGACGAGCAUUGACCGAUUUCGAGCGAUUCAAGGUUAUGCGAUUGAAGAAGCAGGCACGUUUCGAGGUCCGAAAGUCGUUGGCUAAGGUUAAGGCAUCUGCGUAA